AUCCGUGGGUCUCUCAGGGCUGUUCAUUCUGUGACAGUGACUUGCAGGCACCAGAUCGUAUGCAGCCUGCAACAGGGGGGGGGGACAUAGGAUUAUUCUCAGUGACACAUCCAUAUACUGGAUUUCCUUAAAGCAAUACAUAAAUUUGCCCAUCUUUUUUUUUAUUUUUUUUUAUUUUUUUUAAAUUAAAAAUAGAAGAUUUUUUUCCUCUCUAUUUUCCUACAGAAGGAAAUCUAUUCUUUCUCCUUCCAGACAUGAAUUUACAGUGGGAAUAUACAGGGAUCCUUCAAGCCAAAGCAGAUGGUGUAUGGGGCGAAGCUGUGUUCCUUGCAAGCUUUGAUCUAGCAGGGAGAGAAGCUUACCAGGAAAAAUACCUUUCUGCGGAAUGUGUAGUUUUAAAGCAGCAUAGUGCUCCUUUCUUAGCUUAGCAGAUACUCCAUCUGUUCCUGGACCACAUUACCAAUGAGAGACUCUACCAUGUUGCAUACAGAGGGCAGUGCCUUACUAAAGGCGGUAUGGCAGGGGAAAUUCAGACUGACACGCCUUUUGCUGGAAGGAGGGGCUUACAUCAAUGAGGGCAAUGCCCAAGGUGAAACUCCUUUGAUGGCAGCCUGCUUAGCCAAAUAUGAUGACCCCCAAAAUAAGUCCCGAAUGGUAAAAUACCUUCUGGAAAAUGGGGCUGAUCCAAACAUACCUGACAAGAUGGGUAAAACGGCUUUAAUGCACGCUUGCUGUAACCUGACUGGGGCAAGUGUGGUCUCAGUUUUGCUUGAACAUGGUUCAGACCCCAGUAUGAAAGACUAUUCAGGUACAUCUGCUCUUAUGUAUGCUCUUAAUAAAGGUGACCGAGAUACCUUAAGGGUCCUCUUGGAUGCUUGCAAAGCUAAAGGCAAAGAGGUUAUUAUUAUUACCACAGAUACAUCUCCUUCUGGGACCAAAAAGACAAAGCAGUAUCUCAAUUCUCCCCCCUCACCAGGAGUUGAUGAAAAGCAAUCUCCAUCAUUAUGUAUGUCUCCCUCUGACAUUGACCUGAAAACAUCGCUUUCCCCUGCAAGCGAGAAAGAAGAAGCCCGGGAUGUUUUUAACUUCAAUAUGGGUACAAGGCUGACGUGCCCUACAUCCAGCAAACUAGAAAUUAAAAUCUCCGAUCACAUACCUAGUAAAGGAAGAAUGGUGAACAAAAAGCAACUGAAAAGGCUAAACUCUGAACCUUGGGGUUUAGUGGCCCCUUCUGUAUUGGCUGCAUCUCAUCUUGCAGCACCUGCGGAGAAGCCUAGUGCUGAAGAAUCAGAAGAAAAUAUCAUUACCGAAAUAAAUAACUUGUCCAUUACAAAGAGACCUUUGCUGUCUAGACGUCACAGCAUAGAGGGUCAAGACUCGUCUUGCUUUAAAACCGGAGAUCAGUCAACUGAGGAGGAUCCCUCAGGCCCAGACUAUUCUUGGGCUGACAAGGUCCAUCUAAGCCACCUACAUCAGCCACUGUCAAGACGCAACACAGCACCUGAGGCUCAGGAAACAACUAGUGCCACCUUGGCUCCGACCAUUGGGGCCAACUUACGAGGAGUUCCUCAUCAUAAAUUAACACGUAUGGACCACUAUGAAUCAGACUCCCACCUCUGCCCUGAUUCUAUUCCCGGUUCUCCAGACUCAGGUCGUGUGUCAUUAGAAAGGAGAAAAUACAAUGCUUCUCCUCUAACACUUUUUACCAGUUCCUCGCGGGAAUCAUUAGAGAGUAUUCCCAGCGCUGUCUCUCCUAUGACUGUCCGUCGUAGGACCCCCGGUCUUCUGGAAAGGCGAGGAUCUGGAACUCUUCUUCUGGAUCACAUAUCUCAUACUCGACCAGGCUUCUUACCACCUCUGAACGUCAACCUCAACCCUCCAAUUCCUGACAUCAGAGCUAACGGAAAAGCUCCAUCACCAGUUCAUGGCAGUCAAAAGACACUGAUUCCUGUGGCUCCAAGUUCUCCAAAACACUUUGACGCCAAAGCCAAGAAGAAGCUCAUAAGGAGACAUUCUAUGCAAACAGAACAGAUCAAACAGCUGGCCAGUUUUCAGAAUCUUUUUACUCAGAAUGAAUCUGAUAAGUAAAGAAUUCUGAACAUGGAAAACCAAUAUGGCUCUAACAUGAAGAAAACCAAUCAAAAGUAAAUAUGUAAAUCUUCCAACUUAGUGGCUCAUCGUGAUAUCCACAGGAGUAUAAAUGAACAGGAAGCCGCCUCCAUCAUGGUCACCCUUUUUCUUGAUUGUUUCUCAUCUCAUGGGCUUUAUGAAGAUUUUGCACACACACGUGGGAAUAUCGGUGAAUCUUGGAAAUGUAGCAUUUUGAAAUUAGACCAUUUAGGGGUCCUUUAAAUAAAAAUAGAGUUAAAAUCUGCAAAAAAAAAAAAAAGAUAAACUAAAGUGCUACCCUUCCUAUGACUUUUGGGUACUUAAGCUACUAAGAAGAUGGCCUGCAUCAUCGAAAUGCUGUAUAAUUCUUAGUGUAUGUUUUAUAUAAAUUAUGUGUAAAAACAUCAAUUGUAAAUAGUACAAUGUAAAAUGGUCAUGUAACGAAAAAAAAUUAUUUGCAGGGUAUUAAACAGGGUCAGUCAGGAAUGUUGAUUUAAAGAUAUUUGCUUAAACAUGUUGACCAGAUGGUGCUUUACCUUAAAUCCAAACCAUAUCUUCUAGCACCAUCUCCUGGCAAACUAAGUAGCAGAUUUUAUUGUAUUUUUUUUGUUAUACAGUAACACAUUUUAUAUAUCGUCAGUAGAGUUUGAGAGGAUUGUUUGCUGGAGCACUUAUAUAGGACAGAAAAGUUUAUCUUCACACACAUACAUAUAUAUAUAUAUAUAUAUAUAUAUAUAUAUAUAUAUAUAUAUAUACACUAAUAAUUGAAUGUAUAUUAGAGGAAUUUUUUUUUGCUACAAAUUUCCCAAAAAAAGAGCUUUACACUGGUGAGAAUGUUACCAGUAAAGCACACACGGAAUAAAUAAAAAUAAAGAGAUGUAUAACUAAUGAUAAAUGAAUGUUAUGAAGGUACAUUUUAUUUUAAGAACACAAGAGAUAUUUUUAAAGAACAAGGGAAUCAACCCCUUGUCCAUGUUAUAGUAUCUUACAGCACUUUGCCCUGUCUACUCAUGUAUAAAUGGAAAUAUAUAAAUAUAUCUAUAUAGCUAUAUCUAGAAUGAUAGAGAUUAAGUACACACAGAUGUGGUUUUGUAAACACAUAUUUAUUAAUAUAUACGUACACAUACAUGCACAUGUGUAUGACAAAAGCUACUUUAAAGAUACCUAAUGUUUUUGUUCUAUACGGCAUUUCUCUUCACAGAAGUUUACAGGUCCCGUCAUGGUGCCCAUUACUGUUCCCAAAAAGUUUAGAAUUUCCGUAGCCAUUAUAUGUAAGAUUUGUUACACUUUCUUUAAUUGUAAUCAAUGCAUGCUAAUACCAAGGUAAAUAAAAACUGGAACAAGUAAAAAAAAAAAAAAAAAAGAAAAGAAAACAAAAUACUAUGUUACUAUGUACUAGACAAUAGUCAAGUGGGUGGAAAGUGGAAACCCCCUUUAAGCAUUUUUGUAUACCUCAUUCAUCCUCUGAAACAAAGAAAGUAAAAACAAAAAUGCAGAGAUCAGUAGAAUAGUGAUAGUAUAGCUUAUCUAUAUACCAUAGUGUUCACUAAAUGAGAUUCUUACUGCUUACAUUAUUUGUUUUUAAUAUAUGCUCUUCAUGCCACACAUAGGAUGUCAUUUCUUUAUUUUUGUGCCUUAUAAUCAUUUUACCAAUUAUUCUGUACCAACGACUUGUACCCCCUAUCGACUACUUUUUUUUUUUUAAAUUUUGCAGAAUAAAAUCUCACCAGAGCCAUCUCGCUUAACUCAUUUUAGUCAUCCCUUUAUUGGAUUAAGGAUCUUUCAGAAGGAGUCAAAUUAAUGUCAUGCUUGUCUCAUAUCAGUCUUG